AUGGCGUCGGCUUCGAGGGAUGGAUGGGACUGGUUGGUUUUGAAGGGUUUGGCUGGCGGCUCGUCGAGGGCUUUAACCGGAAUUUGGAAAGGGAGAAAUGUAGCUCGGCCGUCAGUAAAUUCUCAAGUCUCCAUACUGGUGAAUGAGCUGCUUACCGUCGAAAAUCCCCAGCAGGCAUCUCCUCGACGCGAGGAUAAGGGCGAGGCAAGGGAAGACUGGGGCUGGGCUCGUUGGAGUGAAAUCGGUAGAAUCGUCAAGGGAGGUUGGUCGAAACGUUGGUUAAAGGACAAGAUGGGGCUGAGGUUGGAUUGGGUUCCGAAGCGCGGCGCGGUUGAUCGGUUGAUUCGAGUCCCACCCACACCCACCGUUUCGUUUUUCAUUCUUUCCUCAUCACCAUCCACGUUCACCAGCGUCCUCUGUGACCACUACAAUGCCUAA